CUUCGCACAUCAUGUUCUGCUCCCUGUCGAACACGGUGGCUAAGGAGCCUGUGGUGGACCCGGCUACGGGGUAUGUGUACGAGAAGCGGCUCAUUGGGCAGCAUCUGGAGAGCGACGGACGCUGUCCGCACACCGGCAAUCCGCUGGGCAUGGAUCAGCUGAUCGAGGUGGUGGCACCAAAGACGGCCUUUGCGGCGCCCCGCCCGCCCUCAGCCAACUCCAUCCCGGGCAUGCUCGCUGCCUUUCAGGCAGAGUGGGACGCGGUCAUGCUCGAGUCGUUCCAGGUCAAGCAAGCACUGCUGGCCACCCGCCAGGAGCUGGCUCAUGCCCUGUACAAGAACGACGCAGCUGCUCGGGUCAUUGCCCGCCUGGUGCGCGAGCGCGAUGAGGCCCGCGCCGCACUGACGGCCCUCAACAAGUCGAUUCCGGCCUCGCUCCCGACGCCUGCCACCAGCGGUGGAGCUGCGGGCAACGGGACGGACUCGGGCGUGGCGGCAAUGGACGUGGCUGGCGAGGCAGCUCCGGCUCCUUCGGCGGCUGCUGCAGCUCCAGCAGCAGGCGACGGCCCGGCGGAUGUCUUCUCGCCGGCCGAGUUCAAGGCGUUGAGCAAGGCGGGCAAGGCGGUGCGCAAGCUGCGGAAGAAGGCAGUGCCACCGCCGGACAUGGCUACGACGUCGAUGGUGGCUGAGUUUGCGGCGGCAGAUGAGGUGCCGCUCACCCACGUCUUCCCUGCAGACAAGGGCGGGAUCUCGGUGGCGGUGCCGGUGGCCGCGGGCGUGGCUGCGGGUGAGCACGUGGCGAGUCACGGACAGACGCUUGUGGUCGGCUCAGGCCACGGAGUGGUCAAGAUUGCAUCGGCGGUGGACGGGAGUGUGGUGGCGACGCUGCGCGGGCACAAGGGGCGUGUGACGGCGGCGGCGGCGGUGGCCGACGGGGCAAGCGUUGUGUACACGGCGUCGAGCGACGGGAGCGCGCGGAUGUGGACCCGCGAUGAAAGCGGGAGCUACCACAAGACCCAUUUGCACAACAAGGUGCACAAUGGAGCGGUGACCGGCGUCGACGUCCACCACACCGGCAAGCUGUACGUGACGAGCUCGGACGACGGGACGCUGGCGCUGUACUCGGCGAGCGACGGCGCUGUGGUGACGCAGAAGGGCGCCGAGGCGCGCGGCGGCAACACGGCGCCGCUCCACGCGGUCGCCUUUCACCCAGACGGGCUCAUCCUUGGUGCGGCCUCCGAGGCUGGAUGUGUUGAGAUCUGGUCGCUGCAGACGAUGGCCCGGAUUGCCGAGCUGGCGGCACCUGCGGGCGCCGGCAGCUGCACCCACGUGGCGUUCUCGGAGAUCGGGUACGUGGUUGCCGGCGGCUUUGCCGACGGCACGGUCUGUGCCUUUGACCUGCGCAACCAGCAGGUCUUCCGCGUCCUCCGCCACUCGGCGCCGGUCUCGGCGCUCGGCUUUGACGCCACCGGAACGUACCUUGCGGUGGGCGUGGGCGAGCAGGUGGCCAUCUACGGCAGCAUGGAUCCUGCCGCUGACGACGGCGACGACGCACCGGAGCAGUCUCCGGCGGCGAUCGUCACCCUCAACUCACCCGAGGGCGCGGCUACCGCAGUCGUCUUUGCGCCCAAGGCCGCCGCGCUGUACGUUGCAUCGGACUCUGGAACCGUCCACGUCUUCACGCCGCAGAGCUAAGCCAAAGUAAUGUAGAGACAGACCAUCACCGGGUGCGAGGGAGGGAGAGGCGGAGGCGGAAUGAAUUUGGUCGCAGA